CUCUCUCUCUCUCUCUCUCUGUGCUUCAGAGAAUCAGAAGCACAGGUCGUCUACUCUCCUCCAUGAAUCCCUUCAAGAUUCCCAAUUGCCAUCACCAACCCCCUUUUCUCUUCAUUUCCAAAAAUACCCUUCUCUCCUCUCCCCACUUUCUCUCUCUACCCGUCUCCCCAACUCCUCAUGUACCGCUCUCUGCCUCAACUCUCUCUCCAUUUCCCCCAAAUCUAAUUUCUAUCUCUAAACCUCAACUGCCCAGUUUUAAACACUCCAGGGUUUCAAAAGUUUCAGCUCAGGUUUGGAGCAAUGAAGAUAAAAAGAACUCCGAUGAUACGGUCGAGCUGGGGGAGGACUUGGCGAUUGACGGAGCUGUUUUUCAGAAGACGCUGAGGUUGGUUGAAUGCUCCAUGUUCGCUGCGGUUGGUGGGUUAGCUUAUUUCUUGAGCACUUCUCUUUCAAUUGAGAGUUACUUCGGCUGUUUCUUUGCGUUGCCAAUAUUGAUCUCUUCCCUGAGAUGGGGUGUCGCAGCUGGCAGGAAAACUAUGGUGGCGACUGCUAUGCUACUACUUGUCUUGUCUGGUCCAGUGAAAGCACUGACCUAUCUGGACGAUACCUUAAGUGUGGACUACCUUUCUCUUGCAGCUCAUGCAUGGUUUAGUUGGUGUAACGAUGGGUACUUUAUGGAGGCUGAAGGCAAAUUGGAGCCAUUCAAUCAUUUUGUGCGCAUUUGUAGAGUUCGAGCUUUAGGUGCGGUCGGGUGUGUUUUGAUAACUUCAUUCUUAAUAAGAGAAAACAUUCUUGCUCUGAUCACCGUAAACAUUCAUGCUUCUCUUUCCUAUAUUGUUACUACCGUGGGCAUCAAUGCAAUUCCAUCAAUGGAUAUGAUAUAUCUCAUUUUUGGGACCUUGGUUGUUCUUAACUGCGGGUUCUUUGUGUUUUUGUUGCACAUUCUUUACGCGUUGUUCUUUAUCAAAUUUGGGAUGAAGGCUUCUUUGAAGCUACCCAGAUGGUUGGAGAAGGCAAUAUAAUGGUGGUCAUUACUUGGUUAUUCAGGUUAAACUUCAUCAUUUAAAGAGCUGAUAAUGAAUGACCAGCUUACAUGGAAUCUUUUUCCUUCACUGCAUGAUGUAUUGUUCAGUUCUGAUUCUUGUUCAUGUGAUCAUCCAUGUCAUCCAAUUAUACAGUGCAGUUGUUACAAUCUAGGAACUGAUACGAAUUUAAACAUCUCUCUUUGUAUGUCCCCAA